AUGCCAAGCAGGGUGGUUCAAGCAUACCCACCAAGCAAUGAUUUCCCCCUUGGCAACUGUGACACUGUUCUCAUUGACGCCAUGGGCAUUAAUGGCAAAAUGAGUUCCAACCUGGAAUUGCCAUCAUAUCUCUCCGACCCACUUCUCUAUGUCCAAUUCUUCCGCUUCAUCUCCAGCCCUGACGAUUGUCCCAAACUUGCUAUGUGGACUAUGGAGCGCGCAUACAUGCAGGAUCAAGAUGGUAACAGGUAUAGGGAGGGGGCUGUCGUACGAGCAACAGAUGUAAUGCAUGCAGUUGAACUGAUACCAGUUUAUGGCAAGGCAGUGGCUGAUGGCGUGUCCUCUGCAACUUGCUUAGAACACUACAAACAUUUCUUUUUGAAUAGCUUCACAGACAAGGAGAGUUAUCACACAUUUAGUACCGACUUUGUAUAG